AUGGGAAUGCGGACAAAAUCAACAAGUUGGCAGAAGCAGCAGCAGCAGCAGCAGCAGCAGCAGCAGGGAUACGAUGCCUCAGCUGCUGCUCACUCUUCCUCCGCCUCUGCUGUCUCUCAUUCCUCUGGUGGUCCCCGUCGGAUCCAGCACAGUGCAACAGCAGGGGAGGCAGGAGGCAGGGAGAGGAGGCGAGGGAAGGUACUGGGAAGCGCAGGGGAGAAACGUGGUGGGGGGUUGUCUGGUGCUGGGGAGGAAGAGGAUGAGGGAAUCAGCAGCGAUCAUCUGACAAGAAUAGCCGCCCAGAUGAUGGGAUUUGAAGAUGGGGAGGACGGGCAGAUCGGGCAGAUCGGGCAGGUCAGGCAGGACGGGCAGGAAAUCUUUUUGCAGGAACCAAUGCAGGAGGAUCUGAUUGGUCCAUCCGCCCUGCUGCCGCCGAGCCACAUCUCCUCCCGACCCUCUUCCAUCCGCAAGGCACACUCAGCCUCGGCCAAGCCUGCGAAAUCCGGAGGCUCGGCAGCAGGCUCAGGAGCCGGCAUUGUCAGUGACAGUCAUUUUGUCGAGGACCUGCUUCAGCUAGGGUUGAAUGAUUCGCGGUUAAGGGACUGGGCUGCCAGGUUCAAAGCAGGUCAGACAGACAGACGAGAGCUGCAGACACUGCUACUGGAGCUUCAGGAAAAGCAGAGGUUGCAAGGGGCGGGAGAAGGAGCAGGUGGGAAGGGAGAGGAAUGGAUGGGAGGAUCUGCAGUGGGGGAAGAUGAGGCAGAGGGAGUGACGGAAUCUGCUGCAGCAGCAGGUGCUGGGUCAGGAUUAGGGUUAGGGUUUAUGGGGGGUUCUAGACCUAGAUCUUCCUCUCGCAGGCUUGCCAGCAGCAGUGGAGUCCGAAGCAGGCCAGCUUCGUCGUCGUACCACAACCGAACCCAGCGGGCAGGUCACGCCAGGUUCGGCAGCAGCAUAGGGUUCGGAACAGGCCUAGGCGGGUUAGUCUCUGGGGCAGGUUCGGGAACGGGAGGCUUGGGAGACGCCUUAGAGGGGUCUGGUUCGGAGGGUGGUUCGGACGCGGAGGACUUUUUGAUGUCGGUUCCCCCUUCGGCUCUAGAUGUUCUGCAGGGCAGCGGGCAGGCGAAAAAGAAACCUCCGACCGGAAAUUGGAAGAGCCCUCUUUCAGGAGCAACACCAGGAGAUUCCUCAACCUCGUCUAGCGUUCCCUCUGCACGAUCUGGACCGUUGAUCUCAUCAGGAUCGGUCCCAUCAAGACCCCGAGGGACAUCUGCCGCAUCGAUUCUAAGGCAUGGAAGUUGGGAGCAAAGGGAGUUUGCACAGCUGGCAGAGCAAUUCGGGCUGGAUGCAGACGAGGAGGGGCUAGGCGGGUUGGUGGAGGGAGGGAGACAGGGAGGCACAACUGGUGCGGGGGGUCCUGGGGUAGGGUUAUCUGAUGCAAGUGCAUCAGGGGCGGGUAUACCUGGUGCGGGUGGGAGGUUGAUUGGGAGGAGCAGCUCAGUUCCCGAGGCAAGCCCUUCUGGAGGCUCGUGGGGGAGUCCCGGGGGAGUGGUGGAAGUGGGAGGGGUGGGAGUAGGAGUGGGAGUGGUAGGUGUCGGUGGUGUGGGAGACACAGGGGAUGAAGAGCAGGAUAUAGCUGCCACAGCUGGUGGCAGUGCUGGUGGUGGUGCGGGUGAUGGUGGGGUUGGUGGUGGUCGUGGUGGUGGUGGUGGUGGUGGUGGGAGUGCUGGUGAUUUGUAUGGAGGACGGCACACAGUAAACGCCCCUCCCCCCUGCACCUCUCAUGCAGCAGAAGGAGAGAGAGAGGGAGAGAGAGACGGAGCAAGAGAGGGAGCAAGAGAGGGAGAAAGGGACAGAGAGGGAGAGCUAGGGGGAGCGGGCGAGGAGAUGUUGUGUCUGGAGCGGAAUCUGAGCCUUCCGUCACCAAAGCCGGUUGCACAGGUGGAGGAGGCAUCGUUCGAUCGCAACCUGUCGCUGCACAAUGUGAUCAAGAAGCGGAUCAGCAGCCACGCCGGGGAGGUGGGGCAGCAAUUCGCUCGGCUCUCCACUCUCCUCAAGAAGUCAUCAUCCACACCCAACGCACCUGGGAGUGCGGGAAGUGGAGCAACAGGAGGGAGCAAGAGGCCGGCGCAGGAAGGGAAGAAGCCACCCAAGCCAGCCAAGAGUGGAUCAGACAGGCCGUCCAGUGGCAACCCACUCGCCAGAACAUCGUCUAUUGCAGCAGAGUUUGGCGAUUUGCCAGCACCCAAGAGAACGCACUAUCAGUACUCGGAGCUGCAGCUGGCGACCGAGAAUUUUAACGAGGCCAACGUGUUGGGGCAGGGCGGAUUCGGGAAGGUGUAUUACGGCGUGCUGCCCGUGCACCCCGCUCAGGUGGUGGCAGUGAAGGUGCUGAAGCAAGGAGGAGGGGAGCAGGGAGACGAAGAGUUUGUGACUGAACUGGAGCUGCUGAGUCGACUGGAGCACAAACACCUGGUGAGUGGGAGAGGCUGGUGCUGGAAGGAUUGGUGCAUGCGGAAUAGAUAG